AACACGGAAGUGUUUUCCUUUCUUCACUUCUGCUCCAUUCAAACGCACAGAAGUGACUUUUAAAGAUUUUAAACACUAAAUUAAAAGAUUUAAACAUUUUCUCCAUGGAGGAAAGCUCCCCUUUAUCGCUUGUUGGUGGUGUAGGAAUCGCGGUCGUGUCCAGUUUUAUUAAUGGCUCCACGUUCGUGCUGCAGAAAAAGGGAAUACUGCGUUCCCGCAAAGCUGGGAAGACUUACCUGUCUGACUGGGUGUGGUGGGCCGGCACCUUGGCCAUGAUAGUGGGUCAGAUCGGGAACUUCCUCGCGCACAAUGCAGCACCGGCCGUGUUAGUGACCCCACUCGGAGCGCUCGGGGUUCUGUUCGGAGCUGUUCUGGCUUCAUGGCUCCUCCAGGAGCAGCUGGAGCUCCUGGGUAAACUGGGCUGUGUGCUGUGCUGCUGUGGCUCCGUGGUGCUCAUCAUUCACUCCCCGAGGUCUGACAGCGUGGCGUCGAGGGCCGAAUUCCAGCAGCAACUUCUCGACCCGGUGUUUCUGAGCUACAUCAGCGUGGUGCUGCUGCUGUUGGUGCUGCUGAUUGGCUGGCUCUCUCCAGCGUAUGGAAAGUCCAACCUCAUGGUCUAUGUGGGAAUCUGUUCCUUGUUGGGAAGCUUCACCGUGCCGAGCUGUAAAGGACUGGGUCUGGCUGCAAAGGAGGUGUUCGGUGGAGAUGUGUCUCCUGAUAACGGAGCUCUGUUCCUCUUCCUGUGCUUGCUGGGAGUUCUUCUGGCCAGCAUCCUCACCCAGUUCACCUUCAUUAACCGAGCCUUGGAGAGCUUCAGCUCCAACGUGUUCGAGGCCGUGUAUUACGUCACGUUCACGUCCUCGGUCAUCCUCGCUACCGCCAUCUUGUUUAAAGAGUGGGAUGUGCUCAGCAUUCUGGAUUGUUUGGGUAUUUUAUGUGGAUUCACAACGAUAUCAGUGGGAGUGAUAUUAUUACGCAUGUCUCAGGAAGCCGUGCUCACGUGGACUCCGGAUAAAACGAAAGAGGAGUAACGUCAACCCUCUUAGUCUGGAGUUAAUCUCAAUACCCUGAUUUCAGUCCUGUUCUCUUUACAUUAGUCUGGCUAUCCGUGUGUCUAACAUUCCUUAUAUUUAGGAUGAACGGACCAAGACGUAAAGCCAGUCUCAUCACUGCUUUCUCAUUUUUAAUACUUAAUACACCAUAACACUUCCAUAA